AUGGACGGCGUUCAGACGGUGGAUGUGAGCUGGCUUCAUCACUCACAGAAAGGUCAGUGGCUGGUGUCGUUCGCACUCACCCUGGUGUCUCCCGCGGAACACUCGCCAGCGGCGAGAGGCCGGCGCAUAGUACAUCGGACAAAAAAGACUCACUGUGUUAUCCCUUUAGACCAUCUGUCGCGCACCAAGUCCGCUACAUCAACGACAAGCGACAGAUCUGCUGCUGAGACGUCCGCAACAUCGAUAUCUCCUCGAACCUCUCAAUCGAAUGGUGCGCCCGUGGAACCGCCUUCUUCAAAAGAGUCGCGCGCUUUUCCAAAGGUCGUCGAUGAUACGAAAUCGGAAGAGAAGAUUGAGAAAGUCGACAAGCCGACAGAGGCGCCUAAGCUGCCAACCUCGAGCCAAUCCCCGACUGUGUCAAAGAGUAGCCCCAAGCCGAUUGGACGGAGAAACUCCUGGAUAUCUAGUCUGAGCUCAAAGUUUUCGUCUGGUUCGACGCCUCCAUCGCAAUCGAGCUUCAAGGGAAGUCCCGCGAGCCCCAAAGCAACAUCUCCCCUCGAUGCACAUAACCCGUUCGGCGCAGCCUAUUUUCCCAAAGAUCGCGAGACCGAAAAGAAGGAGGAGACAACUACCCCGAGCUCCACGUCACCGAAAGGCACAUCUUUCAUUCACAAUGCGCUGCGCAAGUUUUCGUCAAACCAGGGAGGACUUCCAAAGCUCCCUGCCAACAGUGCCGUUUGCCCUCGUCGUGUCAUGAAUAUUGACCCCGGACGAGACCGGUGCAAGGUGACAGAUCUCAAACAAGGAAAGCUGAACCGGGUAGCGUUUUGCGUCGAUGUGGAAAUUGCGGGUAUUUCACACAGAGACUCGGAUGAGGAUGCACCUCCAACAAAUCAGCUGCGACAGUCCUUGCCCGAAUCUAACCGGCAGAAAGCGAAGAAGUCGGAAGACAGGGUGAACAAUCACGGGGCAUCUGCCACGCCGAAGAGCCCUAAACAGGUCGCCGAUAAAGAAGCGUUGCCUUCGGUGAGCCCGCCAACCACCCUCGACUCAGAGACUUUGAGUUUGGCGCCCACGCUUUCGGAGUCGUUAAAUGCCGGCGUCGUUGCCAACGCACCGUCCAAUGGAGAGGUCAAAGACACUACGCGGAAGCAAGAGAAGAAAAAACGGUCCGAGGAGGAGCGAAAAGAACGUAAGGAGCGGAAGCGCAGGCAAGCUGUCGCCAACGGAACAAUUCCUCUGCAGCUUGAUGGCCAGGAUGAGGAGGACGACCUCCGACCAUCAGUUGGCGGUCUUUCACGAUCAAAGACACAGAGUCAUCCAACAACCGACCCAGUGCGGAUUUACCGCCGUUGUUGCCAGCUCCGUGAAACGCCAGUCUUGAAAAGAAUUGUUGAUGAGAUCUCGUCCCCAUCUUCAACCUUGGCCGAAUCUCCUGGUACAGUGGCUGCAUUGGACCUGAGCAACUUCCCUAUGACCAUUCAAGACAUAGCGACAUUUAGCGACUGGCUCGCUGUUGUGCCUGUCCGCAAAUUGAUCUUGGAGAAUUGCUCGUUGAACGAUGAAUCGGUCAGAUCGAUUCUUUCAGGGCUUCUCUCUACCAAAACAGUAGAGCAAAUGCGCUAUCGACGCCGCCGGCUUCGACAACCAGACUCACCCGUGGUGAAGAACGUGCGGUGGGGCGUGGUCGAGAAGCUCUCGCUCAAGAACAAUCCGAGGAUUGGACGAGAAGGUUGGCGCCACAUCAGUCUCUUCGUCCACCUUUCUAGAUCUCUCAAGGCUAUCGAUUUGUCUGGAAUACCGUUUCCCAAGAUCAGAUCUCCAUCCGACAGCCCCGCGGGACAGACCCUCGCACCACCCUUUGAUGCAUGCGCUGUGUUUACCGAAGCUCUGGGGAAAAGGUUCGGUGGCGAUCACCUUGAAGAGCUAUUACUGAGCGAGUGCACGCCUUCAACAGAUCAAGUAAAGCAAAUAUGUACCGCCGCCACGACAAUGAAGCUACGACGUUUGGGUCUCGCGAACAACGGAAUUUCCCGCGAAGGUUUGAGGCAUGUGGUUGACUACCUCAAAGACGAGUAUUGUGAAGGCUUGGAUUUGGGUGGGAAUCCCAUCAAAGAUGACCUCGAUCUCAUCGUAUCUGCUAUCGAGCCUGAUCAGCCCCUCUUCGCGAUAAGUCUUGCAGACUGCUCGUUGAACCCUUCGGUGAUCUGCCCACUGCUCCAGGGUUUUUCACGACUGCACAACCUCCGCUUCCUGGAUGUCUCGCAUAACCCGGAGCUUUUCUCUUCACAGCCAAGCUCGCUAGCGGCAUUCAGACGGUUCUUGCCUAAGAUGCACUCUCUGAAGCGGAUUCACUUGGCAGAUGUUGAUCUAUCACCCGACCACGUUAUUGGUCUUGCUGAAGUCCUCCCUGAAUGUCCAAGCCUGUGCCACCUGAACAUCAUGGAGAACCCCCAAAUUGCUGCACUGGCCUCGAGCACAAAUCCUGCGGUGCAAGAGGAGGCUUGUGCCGUCUAUGCGUCAAUGAUGACCGCCGUCCGUGUUUCAAAGACCAUCAUCGCCGUUGACAUUGAUGUCCCAGCGGCCGAGAGCAACGAAGUGGUCAAAGCUCUUGCAUCUCAAAUCGUAGCCUAUUCCCUGCGGAAUCUUGAGGGUGGGGCAAUUGCCGAGGAGCUUUCCGAGUCGAUCAACAUGUCUCCGACCAAAGAUGUGCCCGUGCCGGAAAUCUUACAGCAUAUUGUUGGGCACGCGAAUGGACUGGAAGAAAUUAAUGACGAGGAAGUCAACGCCGCACCGGAUGAGGACUAUGUCAUUGGUGGUACCGGUGUGGUGAAGGCAUUGGGUGUCUGUCUCGGUAAUCUGAACCAAGACGGUGGCGAUAAUCUUGGAGACGCCUCGACCCCCGCAAGCGGUACUGCAACUCCCCGGCGUCCCAAAUCAAGGGGCGUUGCCACGAAGCGACCUCGAGACAUGUCGAAGAACCUGUUAGAAUCGGCGCGGAACAUUCGAGCUCGGAUUCAGACUGCCCUUGUUCGUGAAGAUCGGCUGGGUAACGAUGCUAAUUAUAGACGGCUUCAAUUCCUGGACUUUACGCUUCAGAGAAUGAUCCAAAGGUUCGAGGACGAAUAUCCUGAAACUCGUAUUCUCCCUCCACCUGCUCCAGCAUCAGCUGCUCCAGACAACGUCUCGCAACAUUCCAGCGAUGGUCCUUCCGGCCCAAGUGCCAGCGACGUCAUGAACAAUUACCUCGCUGAUAAUGAGAAUGCGAUUGACGACGAAGAAACUGAUCAAUACGCCAUCCACCUCUCCCGCACUAGCUCGAUGACUUCUUUGCACUCUCGUGCAAUGACAUCCGAAGAGGGUCACGUCCAUCGACUCGGGCAAAAUCUUCGGCGUGAUUUCCUGAACCCCCCACCUAACUCAGGCGAGGCUGAUGACGAAGCAUCGCAUAUUUUGGCAUUGCGGAAAAAACUCGAGAAACUGCACGAAGACCGAUCGCGAUCGCCAUUUGACAGUCCGGGUGCCGAGGACACCUUUGAAAAGCUCGGGCUCACCGUAGACGAGCUUUGGGCCGCUCGGCAUCAUGAUGCCGAGGCCUUCGAGCGUUUCAAACAGUCGCAGAUUGCCGCGCAAAUAAACAGCAAGCCUCAACAGUCUGACAACUCAACGAGUACUGGCAUGCCACCGCAGAGGAAUGGCACUGGCGCCAGCACGCAGUAA